AUGCUUGCAGAUACAAAGGAUAAAAUAUGUGGUAGUUGUACUAGAAUUCUUUUGAAUGUUCAUCUUGGUCUUGAAAAAGGUUAUUUAGAAGACAUAGCAGAAUUUGAAGAUAUAAAAGAAAAUAUAUGUUCAUCAAUUCAAUAUAGUGCUUUACAAUGA